AUGAAUAUUGAAAUUAGUGAAACUUAUAAUAGGUGGCCUGACAAAGAAGAGGUAGUUAAUUAUGCAAGAAGGGAUGAAGAGGAAAAUAGCCAAGUGUUGUCCCCUUUAAAUGAAGUAUAUAUGGUGGAUGAUUUUAAUUCCAUAAAAGGUAAAGAAAAGUUUUUGAUAUCCAUGUUUAAGAUGAAUUGGGAAAUGGUGCCUACAAGACCUCCAACACCUGAAAACACUAUAGAGGACAUGAAAGAGGAAGGUGUCGCUAGUAAUGAAUCAAGUAAUGAGUCAGAUACUUCUGGAAAAAAAGAACUAAAGAACGAAGAAAUAGAAACCCCUAAAUCUGAUAAUAUCAAUCAUGGGGACGAAGUAAUUGGUAUUGAAAAAGAUAAACUAGCAGCAAAUAUAAAUGGGCCUAAAUAUGUUCUAGUAAUUCUCUUUAAUAAGAUGACCUCAAAAAGGUGGCAAAAGCUAGUUUUUUGUGGACAAGUCCUCCAUUAUGGUACCAAAUUCUUUUUUUAUGAUCACCCCACUUUUCAUAACCAUAUCACUACUAAAGAGCUUAAUUUAAGAGAAGCAAUCUAUUGGGCUGACUUUUGUAGUUACCCCUUGAUUGCUAAUGACUCUGCUGACUUGGUUAAGUUAAAUAGACAAAUGCAGGAUGUGGCCUGGCAAAAUAAAGCCAGACAACAAUUCAUCCAACAGGUCGUGAUCAACUCAGGGUGUGAUUGUAGGCUUGUGGAUGAUAAUGGUAUUCUGAUAGUACCUGUAGAAGUAGAAUUAGAUUAA